UAGAUAAUAAUAAUAAUAAUUAAUAGUGUUGCGAUAACGUCUGGAUCGCACGGGCUAAUAAAUGAAUUACACGAUACAUAGUAUUAUAGAUGAUCGUUAUUUUAGUUAUUUAUUUGGUGUUAAUUACAAUUAUUUUUUUUCUGAUCACUUGUCUCCUUUCCCGUACGUGCGUUGUAUACGUCGUACAGGUUAAAAUUAAUGUACGCCAACUGUUUCGUUGGCAAACUACCGAGCACCACGUCUGUCGUUGUACGCUUUACCCAGAACGUAGUGGGACUGCACCAUGUUAUAACGUUACGGAUACGUGUUCGCCGAGCCGAUAAUAUGAAGCUCUCCUACACGAUUCGACGGUUGGAUUUUGUAGUGGCGAAUACGUGAAAUCCUCUAUUCCUAGGACCUAGGUUUAUAUGUACCAUGUUGCAAGAUAACUAGGUACAUCAAGGUCUACAUCAAUAUAUUUUUUAUUGUGCAAUUAUGACAAAAAUCUUUUAAUCAAUACUCACAUUUGGACUGAUAUUUCAAGUACUAUAUUUUAACAAGAAAAAACUAUAUUUGUAUUAAAAUUCAAGUUGCUGGAAAAUCAUCAUUAAAACAUGAUUUUGAAUGUUAUGGCACAAAUACUAUUGAUAAUUAAAUUAAAAUCCACCAUUUGAUUAUUAUAUGCUACUAUGAAAAAAAAUCGCUUUAUAGCAUUAGUUUUGUUCAGUAUAUUUGUAUGGCUUGGUAUUAAUCAUUUUAUACCCAAUGAUAAUUUCAUAGCUAAACCCAAUAAUUAUCUUGAUGAAAAUUUGGAUGAUUUUGAGUUGCGUUUAAAAAUCGAAGUAGAAACACACAAUUUAAUACGUGAAAAUAUUAAACAGUUAAACUAUUCAAACCACGAAGAUAGUUAUCAAUUUAAAAAACACAAUUCGUCGAAUUCAUCAAGUGUUGCUAUUUUAAUAAUUGCUUGUAAUCGUCCAUCUAUAUCAAGAUGCAUAAACAAAUUACUAAAAUAUCGCAAAUCAAAAGAUGAUUUUCCUAUUAUUGUGUCUCAAGACUGUAUACAUGAAAGAACAUCACAAGUUAUAAAAAGUUUUGGUAGAGAAUUAAUUCAUAUACAUCAACCUGAUCAAAAAGAAAUUAAAGUGCCAUCUAAAGAGAAAAAAUUUAGUGGUUAUUUCAAAAUUUCAAGACACUAUAAAUGGGCACUUAAUCAAGUUUUCAACACAUAUAAUUAUGGAACUGCGAUAAUUGUCGAAGAUGACUUGGAUGUAGCUCCAGAUUUUUAUGAAUAUUUUAAAGCUACAUUACCAAUUCUUCAAAAAGAUGAAACUUUAUGGUGCGUUUCUGCUUGGAAUGACAAUGGAAAAUUUGCGUUGAUUGAUAGAAACGAUCCAAAGUUAUUAUACAGAUCAGAUUUUUUUCCUGGACUUGGAUGGAUGUUAACUCGUAAAAUAUGGAUAGAAUUAAUGCAUAAAUGGCCUCAUAGUUAUUGGGAUGAUUGGAUGAGACAUCCUGACCAAAGAAAAGGCAGAUCAUGUAUAAGACCUGAACUAUCCAGAACAAAAACAUUUGGAAAAAUAGGUGUUAGCAAUGGUCUUUUUUAUGAAAAACAUUUAAAAUAUAUAUACUUGAAUGAAUUACCAGUUGAUUUUACCAAAUUAAAUUUAACCUAUUUAUUAAAAGAUGAAUAUGAUAACAAUUUUGUAGAAAUAGUAUAUAGAUCACCACUUGUCAGUGUUAAUGAACUCAAAAAUAAGCAAAUUGGUCAUAGUGAUCCUGUGAGAAUCAUAUAUUAUACUAAGAAUAACUUGAAAUCAUUGAUGAAACUAUUUGGCCUGAUGGACGAUUUCAAAAGUGGUGUACCAAGAACUGCGUACAAAGGCAUAAUUAGUUUCACAUAUGAUAAUAGAAGAGUGUAUUUAACACCUAUUAAAGAAUGGCACAAUUAUGAUCCAAGUUGGCAAUGAUAUACUAUCAUUUUUAAUAAAUUUUUAUACAUAAUGUAAAUAAAAUGUAUUAAUUUAAAUUAUAAUUUAAACUAAAUAAUCUACAUUACUAGCAUACCAAUGUAAAGAAUGUUUCAUAAAUGACACAGUUUUUAAAUUUUCUAUUAUUCUAUUUAAUUUUUAAAAAAAAUAAUAUAUUAACUAUUAUAUUAUAUUUUGUUUCACUAUAAGCUGAAAACUUAAGUGUAUAACUAUAUUGGUUGUAUCAUCCCAUUUACUUUCUUGGCCUAUAGUUACUAUAGUAACUAGAAGUUUGUAAAAUUCUUAAUUAUUUUUUCAAUCUUGCCCAUUAAGUUUACUGAUAAUCUUUUGAAUUUCUCGCUUGAGAUCCAUUAAAGAUCUAGUUUGGUUUUUAUAAGCUUGCAAUUUAAUGAAGUCUCAAAGAAAAGUGUCACACGGGAUAAAAUUGCAAGUUCUUGGUGUUUCCUGGUGAUAGUUGCAGUAGGAAUGGAGUCUGCCGUGAAACUUUUCAGAAAGUAAGGCAAUUGUUGCGUUGGAUGUAUGAGUGGUGGCCAUCUAGGCCCCCCAAAUCAAAUUUUGAGCCCCUGUACUAAAUGUUUUUGCUGGCCCUAUAUGAAUCUUUCAAUAAUAAAAUACAACUCAUAAACAGGUAUCCCUUAAAGAUAAUUUCUAAAAAUAUAUGACUAACCCACAGCUUAAAAUAACCAAUAUAUCAUAUAUUAGUAGUUUUGAUAAAAUAUUAUCAUACAUUUUUAUAAAAUAAUUUUUAAUAUAAAAAAAGUAUACCUAUCAAUAUUUUGAAAAUUACAAAUUCAUUUCAGUGGGCAACUGUACUCCAGGUCUAACGCCCCCCCCCUCCCUUGUGGGACCCCUGGGUGGUGCUGUUCUGCUGAAACCAGAGUUCUUCACAUUUAAAUCUCAACUUUUUAAUGAAACAAUAUUAUAUGUAAUACUUAAUGCAUUUAUUUAAAAAUUAAAUGGUUUAAAUCAAAAUUAAAAACUGUGUUCUUUAUGAAUAAUCCUUUAUAUUUUGUUUACCAAAGAAUAUGUAGAGUAAUAAAUUCAUAAUGGAAGUUGAUUUAAUUUUUUUUUUUCAAAUUUUAUAGUUCAAAUUGGCUGUUAUAACUAAUAAGAUUUUAAUUAUCUAUUAAAUUAUUUUGUUAUCUUGUUUAUAAAUUAAUAAUUAGAAAAUUAUUGUUUUGUGUUUUAUUUGUUAAAAAAAAUAUAUGGGUAUAAUAAAUAAUAAUAAAUAUAUUUGAAUUGCUA